AGUUCGAAAAUGAAACUGAGACUUUUGUACCAAAACUAAGACGGACUAAAAGUAUUCUGAUGAAAGACACAGAUCUGGAAGAUUCUGAGCUAUUUGAUUCGUCAUCAGAGAGUGCAGAUGACUACGUACCAGGUACCAAAAGUGACAGUGAUCCGGAUAGCUCAAUAGGCCCCCCUGUCUGCGAUUCUACAACACCAGACAACAUGAUUUUGGACAGUCACAACAUUACACCUGAAGCCCCCAGAGCAGUAGAAGAACCCUGUUCAAGUCAGACCAUAAACGACAGCGUCGUUGUCAGUUCAUUUAAAAAAAAAGGUUCCAAAGAGAAAAAAAGACACCUGGAUUAUAUUGGCAACAGAGGAAACUUUGCUCACAAUGCAGCAGUUAUGGAGUACGGAAAGGGUAAACUCGUGCCACGACCGCCUAAAGGGUUGGAUGAAAUUGGAAUAGAUCCAAAUGAACCACAUACAGAGGAGACAUUUCCUCAUACCGAAAGGGAUGAAAUGCUGCCACAACCACCCAAGAGACAAAAUCCACACUCAUCAAGUGAUGAGGUACCUUCAGAAUCCUGCAGAAUGAGGCCUUCCUCAAUAGCACCACCAGCAGAGGAGUCACUUCCUCCCACUGAGAGGAAUGAAAUGCAGCCACAACCACCCAAUAAACCAAAACCAGUCAGUACGAUGAGGCCUUCCUCAAAAGGUACAACUGCCCAAAAGAAGAAAACACCCUGGAAGCAGACAGAGGUGGAGGCAGUGGAAAGCCACAUGAAUCGAUUCAUCACAUCUUGUAUUAUUCCAGCAAAGUUUGACUGUGAGAAGUGUAUAAGAGCUGAACCAGAAGCUCUUAAUGACCGGAGCUGGCAGAAUGUGAAAUUCUACAUAUAUAACCGCAUUACAGCCAACAAGAGGAAAUUUAGUUAAUAAUAGGAAGAUUACCACCUAUCUGGUAUGGCAGAUACUAACUUGGUCUACUGAAAAUGUUUAUUUACUAUGACUAAGGCAUUUAAAAAAAAUGUAUUUUAUUGUUCUGUUCUGAAGUGCCAAUAAUAGCCAACAUUUUUGUUAUUUUAAAUUCUAAAAUAUAUAUAUAUAUUUUUUUUUUUACUAAAAGAGUUAUGUUAAAAGGAAGGAUCGGUAAAACUUGAGAUUUUAUUUGUUUACAAAAAAUCCUGUCUUUCCCUACAACUCAGAUAACUUGAAUUUUGUCUUUCAUUCGACCAAAUAUUUUGAAAGUGAUUGAAUAGCAGUAAGCUGUUGCUCUGCAGUUGGCUGUAAUUAAAAAUAUCUUACAAAUUU